ACCAUACUAGCGGGCCCCUUAGGAUACUACUGAAUCUAAUGCAUUCCUUUCAUUUAGAGACGAGAAAUUGACAUCCUUUUUUGUCAUUGAUAGUCAAAUGUAUUCAAAUAAUUAUUUUGACUAACCGUUUUUACGUAAAUUAUAAGCAAAAAGCAGUAGGAACGAGAAUGAAGAGUGCAGUAGCAAUAAAUGCAAGAAUAUUGACUUCCAUAAUUAAAUCGUUUAUUAUUUAUUUUUUUUUCUUGGAAUAUCUCGGGAUUUAAUCCCAUAGAGAUGAGAAAUCUUUCGCUUGUAAACUCACUCAGAUGAAUUAGAUUUCGAUGAUAUCGAAUGAGAAAAUAUCAUGAAUAACAAUAUCGGAGCUAUAAAAUCGAUUCAUCGUCAAUUUAAUAGUAUAACAUAGGAAGAUCUUUUAUCCACACCGAAUACAUAAUGAGAUUCCUGAUCCAAUAAAAAACUAUUUAUUUAUGAUUCUUUUCACCCGCUUUCUUUUCUACAACCUAGUACUUUCCUUGUACAAUCAUCUGAUGAAAUAUCAUAAAAAACCUUUUAUACUUCGAUUGUUUAUAAAAAGAGUUUCUAAAGAACCUUAAAUAAACAAUAGAAAUCAAAUAGAGAAAACAAGUACGAAAUUUCAAUUUGAAAUUUUCAAAAUUUUGUUUUUGUAAGGGUCUAUGAUCUUUUUGUAAAACAAAGGAAAUGUGAUAAAGACGAGUCCCGAAAAAAAAAAAAAAAAAUAUUCCAAAAAUAAUUAACUAUAUUAAAUUUUCUUACGAGUUUUUUCUUCGACAUCGACUCUAAUCUUUAAAAAGAGCAUAUUCAUUAGGGAAGACUAAUUUGAUCUUUUUUUUGAAACAUCCUCUUUACUUGGUUGGAUUCGAACUAUUUUCACUUCCUUGACUUCAUAGAAACAAAAGUAUAUAUAGGUACUCUUGGCAAACGUAUUAUACGCUAUCCUAUUUUAUUUUCCUACACGAGUUAAUGGGAGAUUAAUUGACAAAAGAGGAAACCCCAUACAGUAUCUCGUUCUUGAAGUGGUGAAUGCUCUCAAUAAUUAUAAUUAUACUAAUUUACAUAUGUCUUUAAAUUGGUGCAAAAGAAUACCCCUUUCUUUUGCUUGAUGAAAAAAGAAAAAAAACAAAAAUAACCGAAACCAUUUUGAUCCCCUUGCCCAGAAACAAAAAGGGGAGUUUAUGUCUUUUUUUUUAAUUGAAUCCGCCGGACUGACGGGGCUCGAACCCGCAGCUUCCGCCUUGACAGGGCGGUGCUCUGACCAAUUGAACUACAAUCCCAUGGAAAUAAAGCGGGUAGCUUACAUAUUCCUUCUUAUGAUUUCAUCAUAAUCAUUUCAAUUUUAGAUUCAAUUAGUGUUUUGUAACAAAGAAAAUCACAAGUAAUAUAUUGAUAUCUAUAUGGAUAUCACUAAAGUGAUAUCAAGGCCGAUUACUAGUAAUCCUUGCAUUAUUCUAAAAUCGAUUGAUAAUCUAUUUUUUAUUGUAAUUUUUUAUGGAAACAAAAAGUAACGAGCCACAAGAAAUAAAGAAAAAAGUAAAGUCGAAAUAUACCCAGAUAUUUGACUUUUUUCUUACCCUUCUCUGUCAAUUAUGCAAAACAAAAAAGGUUAUGUAGACAGCGAAUUAUUGGGCCGAGCUGGAUUUGAACCAGCGUAGACAUAUUGCCAACGAAUUUACAGUCCGUCCCCAUUAACCGCUCGGGCAUCGACCCAGGAAGAAUCUAUUCGAACUUUAUGGAUAAUCCAUGAUCAACUUCCUUUCGUAGUACCCUACCCCCAGGGGAAGUCGAAUCCCCGCUGCCUCCUUGAAAGAGAGAUGUCCUGAACCACUAGACGAUGGGGGCAUACUUGCUCAACCGCCAUCAUACUAUGAUCAUAGUAUGAUCAGUUUUUUAAAAUUGUCAAUAUAAUCAAAUGGUAUGACUAGCUUAUAAGAUUUUUUAUUUUUUUCUAUAGCAUUCUAUAUCAUUUUUUUAUUUUACAUUUAUAUUCAUAUUCUAAUCACAAUUCUAUAAAAAAAAUCGAUAUAUUUUCUUUUUAUAUUUGAAGUGGAAAUAAAAAAAAAAAAAAAUCGAAAAAAGUCUAGUAUAAAAUCUUUUAAAGAAGUGAUUGGUCUGACAGAAAAAAAAUAAAAAAGAGGGUUAAGUUUCGUUUUUUUUACUUUACUUAAUAGAUUGCCUCAUCUCAUUGUUAAGAAAUAGUAGUGUCCCUAUCUAACACUAACCCAAGAAAGUCAGACAGAAUCCAUCUUUCUUCCCUAAUUAGACGAUGGAUUGAUAAGUUAAGUUAUCGAUUCUCGCUUCUAGUUGCGAAAUGAGCUACUAACCACUAUGCGUCUAUUGUAUAUAUAUUUAAUAUAUAUAUAUAUUUGAUUUACCUAUCGACUCAGUCAGGAAUUAAAUCAAGACGGCCCUUUUAACUCAGUGGUAGAGUAACGCCAUGGUAAGGCGUAAGUCAUCGGUUCAAAUCCGAUAAGGGGCUUUUACU